UGGCUCUUUCCGCCAUCUUGGCGCCUUUGGAAGCCUGCUGGGAACAGGACUUCUAAAAAAAAACAAGUAUGUCUGGAAGGCUGUGGUGCCCGGCCAUUUUUGCUGGCUACAAGCGAGGCCUCCGGAACCAAAGAGAGCACACGACUCUUCUUAAAAUUGAAGGUGUUUAUGCCCGAGAUGAAACUGAGUUCUACUUAGGAAAGAGGUGUGCUUAUGUGUACAAAGCAAAAAACAAUACAGUGACUCCUGGAGGCAAACCAAACAAAACCAGAGUGAUCUGGGCAAAAGUAACUCGGGCCCAUGGAAACAGUGGCAUGGUUCGUGCCAAAUUCCAAAGCAACCUUCCUGCAAAGGCCAUUGGACACUGAAUCCGUGUGAUGCUGUACCCAUCCCGGAUUUAAACUAAUGGAGAGUAAAUAAAUAAAAGUAGA